UUCAGUAUGUCUUUAUGUUCAAACCGAAGAUUAAGUCCAAUGACAUAAAUGUUAGAGUUGAUAAAACAUGUUACGACUUGUUGAUGUUUGUGGUCAAGUAGUGGGCUGUUUAGCGUUGUGUGUAGUUGAUGUUGUGCAAUAAAGGUGGAUAAAUAUUUAGCUAAAUACUCUACUAGUAUUUGAGGUGCGCUAUAACCCGAGAAGUGUCGUCACACACUGUUGUACCCACAUUAACGAAGAGUAUCACAUCAAGAAGAGCAGAGCAAUUUAUAUAACAAAAAAAAAACAUGUUGCAAACACUUUAAAAGAAUUAUCAACGAUCUUUCACACAGAAGACAUUCGGAUAUUCAAAUAAAAAAGUAAAAAUAAAUAAAUAAAUAAACUAAAGAAUCGUCAGCUGUGCGACCGCCGAACUGAAGACAACUAUAGUUUAGUUCUUUGUUAAACACCAUCCGUUGAUCAGUUGAUCGGUGCGGUUGUGCGGUUUGCCAUCCAUUUCGUUCAUUGCAAGUUAAAUAUCAAUACAAAUAAAAGUGCAGACGAAUUGUGAAUUUAAAAAAAAAACGUUUAAUUGGAAAAUUAUUUUCUGAUUUUCUCUGUGUGCUCAUAUUAAUCGCGAAUUUGUUGUAAAUCGAUUUAUUGAUUCCGUUUCGGUUCUAUAAUGGAUGUGUUAAUGGUGUUAAAAAAGUCAGUUCAAGUUACAAGUGCAAAUCAUAGCAACAAGAAUUCGCAAUCAUGAAGAAAAGGAAAAAAAAAUAAAUAAAUUUAUGAAGCAAUAAAGUGGUGAAUCACAAAUGAAAAUAGAUAAAAAAAAAUGUUUUAAAUGUUGACAAAGACUCGAUUGAAUUUUGUCGUUUCGUUAAGCAAGUGUAUUAAGCAUACAAUUAAAAUAAACGACGACGUGUGCUCUUGGUAUGCAAUCGACCGCAUUCACCAGCAUAGAUACUUACUGAAACGGAAUAGUCUGGCUGAAACAGGAUACACAUAAAAUGUUACCAGAAAAAAUAGAAGAACAACACGACGAGAAAAAUGUGAAGAAAAACGAAAAAUAAUAAAAAGAAGUUUAAAGAAACUCAUGGAAAUAGUUCAACUGAAAUGUUCCGAGCCCGGAGCACAUUUAUAAGCACCGUGCGCUAUACUCAAAUAAAACAAAAGUAAAAGGAAAAAAAAAGUGUCAUAACAAGUAACAAGAGCAAUAAUCAAACUGAAAUUAAAAUCUAUUUUCGUUCAAGUCAAUUGAAUAUUAAAAUGUGAUAUCCAAUGUCCAUUGCGAUCGGUUUCGAAUGAAUUUUUUUGUGUGUUUAUUUUGGUAGCAGCAUGAAAAUGGUUCAAAUAUUGCUGAUGCUCUUUCUAAUUACAAUUAAGUGUAAUAAGGUGGUGUGUAUCGAACGAACUAGUAAAAUUAACAAUGCAAUCAGCAGUGAAGACAAUUUGGAUAGUUUAAACAAUCGUGCCGUUCAAACACACAGUCAGAAAUUGAGCGACACCGUAGCCGUAAGGGAAACAUCAUUUAAUCAUAAAAAUAAUGUUCGAAAUAACCACCAAACUAACAGUGAUAUUAAUGGCAAUCCAACGCAGCACGAUGCUGUACCACCCGCAUUUUUAUUGCCCGACAACGGAAGUGCCAGUAAUAGAAGCGUUUCUCAAGUGCCCAUAUUUUUAUUGAGUAAAACGAAUGAACAUACAGAUCAAGUGUCGGCUGAUGUGUCUGUGAAAUUUUUGAAUGAAUUUCAACCGAAUUUGAAUCACAUCAACGCAAGGAAUAGACGUGAUAGCAAUCGUCAAAAUAUAUGCGGAAAUGAGUGUAAAUGCCGGCAAGAGAAUAACUUUGACACGGUCGAUUGCGAUUUUUUGCAAGAAACGUCGUAUGUGCUGGGUCCCAACAAAUACAUAACACGAUCCACAACAUCGCUGCUAAUUAAACUGAAACAUCCCAAAUCCGCAUUACGUUUUGAUUCGAACUUUUUCGACAACAAUAACAUCAAUCGCAUACUAAUUGAAUGCCCAGCCGACAAUCGUGUUCAAAUUGAAGUAACAGCAAAUGCGUUCGUUGGAAAUGAAGGUCCAUUUCCGGAGAUUGAUAUUGUUAAUUGUUUUGCGAUCGUAUUGAGGUCGAAUGCAUUUCAAGGUGAAUUCAAAUUGAAUAUAACCAAGUCCAGCAAUGUGAUGAUCUUCAAGAACGCCUUCUCUGGGACGAAAUUCCACGGUCAUUUUGAGCGCAUAACAAAUUUCAGUCCCGACAAAGAGGCAUUUAGCAAUGCAGAGGCGAAAAUUUUAAUAUUAAAUUGCAAAAUCGAUACGUUACAUCGUUUGGAUGGCCGGCUGAAAGAGAUCAAAUUCACAAAUACCGAAAUUCAAGAUAUUUCGUCGGGGGCAUUCGAUGCCAUCGAAAUAACGUCCAUUGUCUUUGAGAAUUGCAGCAUCGGAUCCAUUCAUAUGAAAGCGACAACCGACCGGCUCUUCACUUCUUAUUUAGAAAUAACCGGAUGUUCAAUUGAGACAAUCGAAACGAAGGCUAUUGAUGGCAGUGGCAUAUCUGAAGUAUUACUGAGAAAUAAUAGAAUAAAAUGGAUCAAAGAGAAUGCCAUCCAUUUGACAACCGUCACAGCUGUAAUAACCAACAACACCAUCCACCAUUUGAAUGUAAAUUGGUUUAAGGUCAAAGGCACAAACGUAACGAUUACCAACAAUAAAUUCGGUAACUUCAAUCGAAUUACCGUGGACCGCAUCGACGACAGUCCGGUGCAUUGCCUGUUCGGAAACAAUUUCAUUUCCAUCGCCAACAAAGGCAGUCUAAACUUCACCGAUUGUCGCAUGAAAGAUGUGUACAUCAAUUCCGCGUGCAAGUGUUCGCAGUUUUCCGAUUGGCUGAAAGAACUGUCGAGUGUCGAUCUGCGAUCGGUAACGUAUUGCCAAGUGGAUAGUGCACUGUUGACGUGUUUGAACAGUAGCUUGGUGAAUGUUUUGAAAUUUGAAAAUGAUAUUUGCAACGAAUCAACGAAAACGUUGGAUUGUGCCAAGAAAAAGGUAACGACGCAAAUCCACAGCAAUUUCAUCGACACACAUGACAUCAACGAACGAAAAAUCGACGUGAUAUUGAUCUCGAUCAUCGGCGGCUGUAGUUUACUAUUUAUUUUAAUUUUAAUUGGCAUCAUCGUGCUGGUGAAGAAAAUUUACCGGUCGCGACCGAUAACAAUUCCACUGUCCGAUAUGUCAGUGCCGAACAACCAUCUCGGUUCGAUGAAACAAUCGAAAUCGUUUUCCAACGACGAUCGGGACAUUAUCAAUCAAACGAUGGGAAUAAUAAAGGAGAAACAGACGCCAGAACGGUACGAUCAAAUCUAUAACAAUACGAAAAAGUUGCUGGGUGGAAAUUUAACGGAAUUGGAUAAGGUCACGACGAUCGGCGAAAUCGUUCGGACGUUGGAGGAAUGCGAAAAUACGGGUAGUGAUUUUGUAGCGUUUACGGAUAUAUUAUAUAAGCAUCUAGCACCUAAGGAUAACAAUCAAAACGAUCCCAUCUAUUCGGAACCAAAUGUACUGCAGCACCGGCGAAACAAUGACGAGGAGGAAAACGUGUUCACGCGCGACGACAAUCAAAUGGGAUUGGAUCACAUUUAUGCCGAGCCAAAUAGUGUACAACAGCCACUGCUCACCAAUGAGUACGCUUUGCCCAUCGACAGAAGCGAUCAGACUAAUGUGUACACCGAACCGAUUCCGAAUUUUAUCGACAAACCUCGUCAUCUAAUUAGUCCGUAUGCCAUAGCAACAAACCUAGAAACAGCACCACCAGAAUCAUUAGUUUAUAGUCAAUUGAAUUUUCCCGGCAAUCAACCGUCCACAUCCAAAAAUUUACCGGACGUUUUGAAUCCAACCAAUGCAUCGGCACUGCAUAUGAAAAAUCAACUAACACAUUUGACGCGUUCGCCGACAACGAAUCGCAAAAUUCCCAAAUACACAAUUCCUAGCGCAAAAUUUAAGAAGAUGAAAUCCGACCAACAGCAUCAAUCGUCCGAAGAAUCAAAUUCGCAUUCGGAUCAUUCGGGGGGCAGUGAUAUUACGUAUAAAGUUGAUGAAGUUAUUGAAUAUGCAGAUGCUUAGGAUAGGAUAGUCGUAUGUGCCAAUUCAGAAAUUUUGUUUGUUUGUCUGUUUGUUUUUCAUUUGUAUGUAAGAGAGUUUUGUAUCCAGGCAUUUGAAAAUCUAAUUUUUUUCUAUUUGAAAAGACUGUGUAAAAUUGGAAUAAAGAAAUUGUUUCAAGCGAUAAA